AUGACAGUGGAAGUGGCGGAUGAGGUGUAUUUCCCUGAAAACAAGCACGUCUACACCUUCGAACUGGAACCGGACACUCUGAAAGUGAUCACGGACAUUCGGGCCAAGUUCGGAAGGCCCGGACUCGUGUUUGUCCACAGCGGACCGAUCGAGAGACUGGGAGUGGCGGAUGCGAUGAUAAAAGUGGUCCGAUGGAACACCGAACGGAAUAUCAUUGCGCCCAAGGAGGUCUACCUUCCGUUCACUGGAUUCAAGAUUGAGAUCAAGUGCGAUCGGUGAGUUUUUUUUAAAUCUGUUUCAAACAUUCCUUAUCGAGAAAGUUAAAGGAUCAUAAUCGAUAAUUAUGCGCGGAAAUAUAACUUGAAAUUCUCAACUUUUUGUCGGCAGAUUGAUCGAUUUCUCGUUAAAGUACAUAUAUCAUCAGAAAGUCACGAUGAAAACUUCAAUUAAGACAAAUUUUCACUGUAAAAACUUGAGAUCAUACUGUAGUGCAACAAUUUCAGCAACUGGUACGGGCCGCAAUGCAACCGACCGUGCGACGGACACAUGGCCGGCCUGCUGGGCCUCCGCUGCAACGAACAAGGAUUUCCGGGAUGUUUGGAAGGAUGGCACGGAGAGAACUGCGAGAAGAAGAUCUCGAAUCGGCUGCCCGAGUGCAGAUGCGAGAACCGAGGAGUGUGUGCGUCGACGAGAACGAUGAGUGGGAGGAGCGAGCUGAUCUGCGAGUGUCCGAUCGGAUUCGAGGGACGGAAGUGCGAGACGGAGGGCUUCGACUACGUGGACGAGAUCGAGUACCCGAUGAAAGAGAUUCAGGGCAAGCGGGCGCUUUUCGAGGAGUUCUUCAAUGGUACCGCUAGCAAGCUGCUCAACGAACUUGCCUAG